GGUGCUCUUGGCAGUUUCGUAACCUGUCCAUUGGAUGUGGCAAAGACAAGAUUGCAGUCCUCUAAAAUUGACACAUACUGUCAGAUUAAGAAGAGCAUACAGAUUAACAGUCACCAACUGGGGAAACAGUCAUCUGAAUGGCACCAAGCAGUAUCAAAUCAAUCACUUAAACACAAAUUCAGACACAUCAUAACAACUGAGGGGUACAGGGCUCUCUUUAAAGGACUCAUGCCAACCCUUAUAGGCGUAGCUCCUUCCAGAGCAAUUUAUUUUACGACGUAUGACCACUGCAAGAAGACCUACACCUCUUGGAUGGCCCCAAACAGCAAUUAUGAAUACUCACUUGUGCAUCUGUUAUCUGCAGCGUCAGCAGGUCUAACGUGCACCACUGCAACCAACCCGAUAUGGAUGGUCCGGACUCGACUCCAACUCAACAACAAGCAGAACUCUUCGCUGACCACCUUGCAGUGCAUUCGCAACAUCUACCAGCAACAUGGCAUCAGAGGCUUCUACAAAGGACUGACUGCCUCGUACUUUGGUGUGAUAGAAACAGCCAUCCAUUUUGUCAUUUACGAGGCUAUCAAAGCUAAAAUUGUUGAAAAUCGAUCGCCACAAACAUCUUCAACUCGAAUUAUGCAAUCUGAUGUCAAGACUAUUGAGUUUUUUAAAUACAUGGCUGCAGCUGCUGUCUCGAAAACUAUCGCCACCUGCAUUGCCUAUCCACAUGAGGUAGCUAGGACACGCAUGAGGGAGGAGAAUUCUUGUUACAGAACAUUCUUUGGGACGUUGUUGUCAGUUUGGAAGGAAGAGGGAGGAAGAGGUCUGUACAGGGGUCUGGGCACCCAACUCAUCAAACACAUCCCCAACACUGCCAUCGUACUCGCCACAUACGAAGCUGUUAUUUAUACCUGUCACAAGCACGGGUUUUGA